GGGGGCGGUCUCUUCUCGGGACUCCGGCGAUAUCCAUCACGAAGCGAUGAUGGAUACGGGGAAUAUGGAUUUAUCGCAGCGUCUCUUGGUCUCGGAAGCGAGAGAACAGUUCCGGGGUGACGACGACGGUCAAGAAGCGGUCGACGCCUCGAUUGUCCCGAUCAGCUACUACCCUGGGAACAUCUUUGCUGAGGAGAGCCCCCUGGAGGUUUGGAGAAUUCGACCUUCGGUCGUCGAUGGACAAAAUUGGUCCAACGUCGAGAGGACGAAGUCUACCGUGGAGUCGGUGGAAGCUCUCCUCCGAGAUCUCAAUGCACAUGGGGUUUCGUUCAUCGUUCCAAAACGGGAUCAGAGGCCUUGGUCGCCUCCGAAGGGAUAUCAAUGCAUUUACGAAUCGUAUUUUCGGAGCGACACGAAGUUGUGGUUUCCAAUUCCCCGAAUUGUCACGGCUUACGCGUUUCGCAGAGGAGUCGCCUUAAGCCAGUUGAUGAACGGUUCUCUUCGGUUAAUGGUCGUUCUAUCGGUGAUCGCGGCUGAGGCAGGGACAUCGAUGAGUGUGAGGUCGUUUGAAGAGUUGACUUCAGUCUCAAUUUCCGAUGAUGGGCUCGUCUCGACGAGGAUGCGCCCAAAUUAUAACGUGGUCACGGGGUACCCGACCAAAACCUCAGACUGGCAGCGUUCGUAUUUUUAUGUGAAGUCGAACAGAUCAGCGUUCGAGGAGCCUCCGAAGUCUGGUUAUCGCGUUCUCUGGAAUGCAGAGAUGGUUGGUCAUCCGAAUCUCGCCACUUAUCCCGAGGAUUGGAAGGAGAGUGCUCGGAUCGUUGCGCUGCAGAAGCAAGAUCACUGGGAGGACUUUACUCGGGAGAGAAUUCAAAGAUCCAUAGAUCAAAUUGCUAGUCAACGUUGGAUCUCAAACUUGCUUCCCCUCGUCAAUCAAUCGACUUCGAAGAGACUAUCCCUCUUUACUCAAGCUGAGCAGAAAGAGAUCAACCGAGCCAAGACAAUGAAGCAAUUGCCCGACCUUAGCCUUAUUGUGGCUGAAAAGAUAGGCGCCAAGCGAGGCGCUUCUGGGAGCAGGGUUGGCCCUUCGGGGUUGGAAGCGGUAGAGGCGACCCCAAUUGCUGCUGAGCAAACGCGUACUGGUGGCUCCUCGAAGAAAAGCAAGAAAAAGGCCGAGGAUCCGAAGGAAUCUUCUGAGCCCGGGCAAACUGGGGCAGGCGGACGCUCCUAA